AUGUCUGGAACUGGUAGCCUUGCUAGCCGAAUACAGUUUGAUGAUUUAUAUAACGGUAGUUUUAUUCCUGAAUAUCAGAAGUUGGAAUGGAUUAAGACGGAUGAUGAUGUUGAUGGUGCUUUCAUAUAUCGAGAUCAUGAUGAUAGUAUAAUAGUCAAGUAUGUCGCAGAUGAUAAAAAGAAGAUUUUGGUCAACGGGAAGGACAUUGUCGAUCCAAAUGGUAAACAUCUUCAUUAUAAUGAUUUUGUUGUAUCGCCGGAUUCAGAAUAUGUUUUGCUUACUACUAACAGAACGAAGCAAUGGAGAUUUUCACACUUUUCAAAUUAUUGGAUAUUCAACAUAACAUCGCGUUCAACUUUCCCUCUUACAAAUCCCAUUGACAAAGAUCAUCAAGCGGUAAUAGCGCAUGCUCAAUGGAGUCCUGUUGGUCACACUGUGGCCUUUAUCAAAGACAAUGACAUGUAUGUAUCAGUAAAUUUAGUAGAUGAAAGACGUCUUACAUUUGAUGGUUCAGCUGUCAUUUUUAAUGGUAUGCCAGAUUGGAUUUAUGAAGAGGAGGUUCUUAAGACAGAUAAUGCAAUUUGGUGGUCUAACGGAGGAAAACGUAUUGGUUAUCUUCGAUUAAAUGAAUCAGAAGUUCCCGAGUACGAAUUCCCCAUUUAUCUGACUCAUUUUAAUGCUACACCCUAUCCUAAGGAGGUUGUCAUGAGAUAUCCUAAACCUGGGUAUCCAAACCCGAUCGCAACUUUUCAUGUCUAUGAUUUGGAAACUCCAUUAGCCUCACAAUUUGGCGCCAUUACUUUUGAAGACGAUUUUUCAGACGAUGAAAGAAUAAUAACAGAAGUUAUGUGGGCUGGGGACGAUACUGUUUUAGUAAGAGUCAUGAAUCGCGUUCAAGACAUCUCAAGGAUAGUUCUUGUUAAUGUAAAUACCCGUAAAGGAAAAACUGUACGCGAAGAAGAUGCUGAUAAAAUGGAUGGUGGAUGGUAUGAAAUAAAUAGGAGUAUGUUUUACGUGAAAAAGUCGGGUAGUCUCGAACAGGAUGGUUAUGUUGAUAUUGUGGUUAAUAACGGAUAUGAUCAUCUCGCCCUAUUUUCGCCUGUUGAUUCAAAUACGCCUAAGUUUCUCACUAGUGGAGAAUGGGAGGUUGAUGGUAGAAUACAAGCGGUUGAUUAUGAACGAGAAUUGAUAUAUUAUAUCAGCACGGAAAAGUCUUCUAUAGAAAGACAUCUAUAUUCCGUAGAUUUUAAUGGGAAAAAUAGAACAGCAUUAACAGACAUCAAUAAUGAAGGAUUUUAUUCGGUUAGUUUUUCACCAGGUGCUCAAUAUUAUAAUUUAAAUUAUGAAGGUCCUGAUAUUCCCUGGCAAAAAGUAUUAAAAAUUGGAGACCCUAAUUUUGCAUUGGUUUUACAUGAGAAUGAUGGCCUCAGAAAACUUAUGGGAUCCCUCGAAACUCCCACAAGAAGACAUCUAACGAUUGAAAGUGACGGAAACAUUCUCAAUGUUGUCGAAAUAAGACCACCUGGAAUGGAUGAAAGCGGAAAAACAAAAUAUCCAGUAUUAUUCAAUGUUUAUGGAGGUCCAAAUUCCCAGCUCGUUCAAACAAGAUUCAAAAUUGAUUGGCAUGUGUUUUUAGCUUCAUCAGAACGAUUAAAAUAUAUUACAGUAAUAGUAGAUACACGCGGUACAGGGUUUAAGGGAAGAAAAUUUAGAUGUGGUGUUAGGAAACAUAUAGGUGAUUUUGAAUCAAAGGAUGUAGUUAAUGCUGGACGUUAUUGGUCAAAAUUACCUUAUGUUGAUUCAAAUAAAAUGGCAGUUUGGGGCUGGUCAUAUGGAGGGUUUUUAACUACAAAAGUUAUUGAAUUAGAUUCUAGAGUCUUUCAAGUUGGAAUGGCCGUUGCACCCGUUACCGAUUGGAGAUACUAUGAUUCCAUUUAUACUGAACGUUAUAUGAAGACACCGGCACAAAAUCCAAAUGGCUAUGAACAUAGUGCUAUUACUAAUAUGACAGGUUUCGAUAAUGCCAAAUUUUUGCUCGUGCAUGGAACUGGUGAUGUUCACUUCCAAAAUACCGCUAAUUUAAUUGAUAGGUUAACACUUGCUUCGGUCCAUAAUUAUCGUGUACAAUUCUAUACCGAUAGUAAUCAUAAUAUUGAUUUACACAAUGCUAAUAGAGAACUUUAUUAUUUACUUACGGAAUACCUUUGGCAGAGUUUUGGAACUGGAGGAAAAAAUGAAAAUUAA